AUCCCUCGUUUUUGCCUACCACCACCUGCCCUAUUGAUUUACUUUUUCCAGAUACCAACCACCAAAACUUGGUGAAACAGAUCACUGUCGCGCUCGAGGAGCCACCAGGUAUACAGGUGUACAAAUUCGUCACAGUGCAGCUUCCCCGCCUACUCCAUAUCUUCUAACAAAGCGCAAUGGAGCUUGCGUCUUCUACUUACGGUCAAACGGUAAGUGAAGAAACCAGGAAGAAUGGAACCUUAAUUUGUGUCCCUAUAAUGGGAGAGUCAGUUGACAAGAUGAAGAUUGACAUGCACAAGGCUAAAGCUAGUGAUGCUGACCUUGUUGAAAUACGAUUGGACUCUUUGAAGAACUUCAGCUAUGUUGAAGAUUUGAACUCUCUAAUUAAAGAGUGUCCUUUACCGGCAAUUUUCACCUAUAGGCCAAACUGGGAAGGUGGCAUGUAUGAUGGUGAUGAAAACAAGCGAUUGGAUGCAUUACGAUUAGCCAUUGAGUUAGGAGCUGAUUACAUUGACGUUGAACUUAAGGCUGCUCAUCGGUUCUAUGACUCCAUACGUGGAAAGGAACUCAACAAAUCCAAGGUCAUUGUUUCAUCACACAAUUACCAGUACACUCCAUCAGUUGAGGAUCUUGCCAACCUUGUGGCAGAGAUACAAGCAACUGGGGCAGACAUCGUGAAGUUUGCAACAACUGCCUUGGAUGUCACUGAUGUGGCACGCAUUUUUCAAAUAACAACACAUUCUCAAGUAAGCCGCGUUCCAAUUAUUGCACUUGCUAUGGGUGAUAAGGGCUUAAUUUCACGUAUACUUUGUGCAAAAUUUGGUGGGUAUCUCACUUUUGGCACCCUUGAGGCCGGACUAGUUUCAGCUCCUGGUCAACCAACUAUUAAGGAUCUGCUAAAUCUAUACAAUUUCAGACAAGUAGGUCCAGAUACAAAAGUACUCGGCAUUAUUGGAAAGCCAGUUGGCCACAGCAAAUCACCCUUAUUGUAUAAUGAAGCCUUCAAAUCAAUAGGUUUUGAUGCUGUGUACGUUCAUUUACUGGUCGAUGACCUUGCCAACUUUCUCCAGACUUACUCAUCCACAGAUUUUGUUGGAUUCAGUGUUACCAUUCCUCACAAGGAAGCUGCACUUAAAUGCUGUGACGUGGUUGACCCAAUUGCUAAGUCAAUAGGAGCUGUGAAUUGCAUUGUAAAGAGUUCAACUGAUGGGAAGUUGAUUGGAUAUAAUACGGAUUAUGUUGGUGCCAUUUCUUCCAUUGAAGAUGUUCUACGAGGUGAGGAUUAUAGCAAGGCAGCCGCUUCACCAUUAGCUGGCAAGCUUUUUGUUGUGAUUGGAGCUGGUGGUGCUGGGAAGGCACUUGCUUAUGGUGCGAAAGAAAAGGGGGCAAGGGUUGUGAUUGCCAACCGUACCUAUGAUCGUGCCAGAGAACUUGCCAAUCUGAUUGGAGGAGAAGCUUUAACCCUUGCUGAGUUAGAUAAUUAUCACCCGGAGAAUGGCAUGAUUCUAGCAAACACAACAUCAAUCGGAAUGCAACCAAAAAUUGAUGAAACACCAAUCUCUAAGCAUGCUUUGAAGUAUUACUCCCUGGUUUUUGAUGCUGUCUACACCCCCAAAAUGACAAGACUAUUGAAAGAUGCUGAAGAGUCAGGAGCUGCCAUUGUAACAGGAUUGGAGAUGUUAUUAGGACAGGCUUAUGAACAGUAUGAGAAAUUUACUGGUUUGCCAGCACCGAAGGAGCUUUUCAGAAAAGUUUUGGCAGACUACUAAUGAGGAUGAGUUCAAUAAUGCUAGUCUGAAAAGGCCAAGGGUUUUUGCGUAGAGAUUUCCAUUACACCCCAAAGAGGCUGGUUGGGCAGGAGCGCUUUCGUCCAUUGUUUUGGGGCAGAGCAUGUGGCUUGUGAGGAACCUGCAAAUAAGCCCCAUUUAUCAAAAAGAGAAUAAUUUCCACAAUUUGCGGCCAUUUGAAUGUUAUACCACUUUUGCUUUAGUACAUAGAGAUUUGCUGCAGUUUUCAGAGUGUCUUCUGCUAGAACAAAUGUUGUCAUUUAGUAAUAUUUACUUGUACUGUAAAUUAAGGGUUCUUGGACAAUUGCAAAUGUUUUGCCAACAUAAACCUUCUCUCUCUAAUAUUUUUAAUCCCAUUCCUGUCGCAGAUUUUUAAA